AUGGCGAGAAUUUACAAAGACUCAAGGGUCGAUCUUCGGCCCUACUCGCCGAACACUGUCGCCAAUAUUCAAUUUCCUGCCCCCGACGGCGGCCUGAUCAGUCGUCCACGCUUUUCAAUCUCCUUCACCCAAGAGCAGCCACCGACCGCCAAGGACGAAGACGAUUUUGCCAGACGCUACCUCGCGACACAAGGAGAGGUCUACUUCCGCAAACGCAAAGUCUACCCGCGAACGUUCCUGUGGAGGGUCAUCAACGACAACAAGGUGCUGGAGAUUCAGUGCGCGGACUUGACAAAGGGCGGCGCGGAAGUCUAUGAGUACAAUGUGACUCUGCGACUGGAUUUCCAGGAGCAAAUCCUUCCUCAUGGAGUUGCAUUGGCAGACCCCGAGGAUCACGAAAUCCUCAAUGUCUUUGUGAUUACCGCCUCUAAGACCCUUCACACCGUGUCUCUACGUCCCGAGUACUUCCGCCGGACCUCUUCGAUUGAUGAGAAUAUGAAGGAUUGGUGCAAGGCUUUCUCUCCUGCCCCGUUGGCUUUUUCGCAUCCGCACCGGCUACACGCGAGCAGCCCCCUGGAGCUGUUUAUUUCUUUAGACAACGGCGCGCUCUUGCGGCUGACACGGAGAGCUGGCGAUGAUGGCUCGCAUUGGUCUCCUCUUACCUUCGAUGAACGGACAUGGGGCUCUUCGAUUCGCGGCCUCGUGAAAUGGAACGCACCAUCCUCGAUUAGACAUGACGGACGGAACCUCGAUUUGAAUGUCGCAAACGCCAUUGCCACUACCUCCGACGAGACCUACGUUUUCGCAAUUUGUCUGAACCACACUCUGAAAAUCUGGAAUCUCGCGACAAACAAAUUAGCUGCAACAAAGGACCUCUUGGGACGCUCAUUGCAGGAUCCGGAUCUUGUACCCUACACUUUGAACGCCGCUGAAUCAUCGUUCAUGCGCGUCUUCAAUGCCGAGCGGGCAAUGGACGGAGGGCACCGCUUCUACGUUGUCACAUACUCGCCUUUCGAGGAUGGGAAAUUCAAGUUCUGGGCUGUCAAGGGUGGUCUCACAUCUGAUUUGAUCAUUGAAGAGCUCUUCCCAGAUAGCGUUUUCCGGGCAGUGGACCCUGAUGUCACGGGCAACAUGUUCUGGAGCAUUGCUGAUUUCCAGGUCAAGUCCCGAGAAGAAGGCAAGGGCAUGGAGUUGUGGGUUCUCUGGAGAAACCACGGUCUAUACCAGCUCUACACUUUGCAUUUCGACCUUCAAACUCUGGUGAAAGAUUGGUCGAGUAAUUGGGUUUCAACAACAUUUGAAACCCAUAGACAAGAAGCACCGGCUCCUCUGGUUAUCGAUGAUGUGGUGGAUCCUACCGAUAAGUGGCUUCAAUACCUCUUGCAACCUCACAGAUAUCUUCCCGAGGUUCUCGAGACCGCUUUGACUGUUUACCAAGAAGCUAUCAAGCCGCUUUCGUCAGCUUCAUUUGUACCCAAGAAGAAUGUCCCACUGGAGGAACGACUCUGCUCGACGAUAGCAGCAGCAGUCUCGCUCCGCAAAUUUGCUGAUGAUGAGAUGGACUUCACUCGGUUCUGCACAGACACGGAUUCAAAAUGGCGUCAGUUCUGGCAAGUCGUGGAGGAUCUCAACAAGCGUCGAUUCGAACCUGUUUCUCUGACCUACGACUCAUACACCGAUAUGCCGUGGCUUCUCCUGUCGGACUCUUGUGCUGUCAUUCGGGAAUGCAGCGUCAAUGAAUUGCUUCUGCACAAUUCAAGCACGGAACUUUCUGAUGGAGUGGCCAAGAUGAUCGAUCGCUGGAGACACCGUAACUUAACUAGAGAGCUCGGCCCGUGCUAUGACACAGCCUCUGCCUUGAUUAAGGUGGCAUCCGAUUUCCGGAAGAGAUUCUCUCCUGAGCUCGAAGGGGCGUGCCGGGCUGCUCUUCAUGCUGAAAUCUUCUCUGAGCCAUCAACAUCGAUCACGGACCGCAUGGAAGUUUUCCGCGAGCGAUGCGACUUUGCGAAUGGAAUUUCCAACAAAUCCUUUGACACACUAGAUGCUGCGCUGAGCGAACAUAUGAAGACCGAUUGUCUCCCUAUGGAGGUGUUCAAUUCCAUCAUCCAUACCGCAGCGCUAGUUUUCUGCGGAGAGGACUCGGAACUUGCAUCAACCUACUUUGGUGCUCGAGUUCUAGUCAGUGGGGCCCAGGAGACGAUUUCUAUCAUGCGCCAAAUGUUCUUCGACCUGUUGAUCUUGGUCACCUUCGUGGAUGGCGAAUGGGAACAAACCUCCAAGUCUGACUUCAAUGCGGCAGACCUCUUCUCCACCAUCACUGACCUUCUGCGCGAAUAUGAGAUGAUGAACUGGCUCAGCUCGAAUGUGCGCAAGUGCCCCGACAGUGUUCCGAAGGUACGAAAUGACUUGUCAACACCAAGUCGUUCGCUGAGGGACCGUAAUGCGGCCAACAAGAACCAAAGAACCGCAACUAUUCUUGAAGAUCUGUUCGUCACCGAUAUCAAGCCCCAGCAAGCCAUUGACUCCCCACAAAGCUAUACUUUGACUCUUGGAAUCAGAGAUGUUGUCGCGUGGAUUACCCGCGAGGGUGAAGUCAACUAUCAGAACGCCGUUGCCCACAUUCAAUGUGAUCUAAUUGCAAAGAACAACAUUGAUCUUGCAUGGGACUUCUCUCGCUUCCAGGCAAGCACUUCAUGGUCGACUUACAUCAAGGGUCGGCUACAUGUGGCCAUGUCUGAAUUUGAUACUGCGGCUAUCUACUUCCGGAAGGCAGCAUACUUGCUCUCUUCUGGAAAGCCAAUGGGCAAUCUCUCCGAUAUGUCAGCAGAGCUGCUAGAUCUCCUGGAUGUCGAUUGCUUCCACAACGGCCUUGCAAAAUACUACCAACACAUCCUUUCUAUCUUUGAAAAGAUGCGCUCAUACUCACAUGUUGCGGACUUUGCCAGCCUGGCGCUGCAGGCCCUUGACUCAGAACUUGGGGCCGAACACGACGCCGAGUACCCAGCCAUGCGCGAUGAUCUACUGUCUCGUCUGUUCACCGGAGCCCUUAAGACCUGCCAGUUUGAUCAAGCCUACUCCGCUCUGGCCAGAUUGCAGGACAUCAAGCUGCAAAAAAUAGAGCUGACCGAGCUCGUCUCCACCAUCCUGACUGUCUCUGGCCCCGGCACUGCGGGCCUCAAGCAGAUCCUCCGUUUCCCUACCUCCCUCGUGCCAAGUAUCGCCUCUUUCAUCGACGAGAUCCUCGUCCACCUCACCCACAAACAGAGCACUUAUGCUUCUUGGCUGGAUGCCGACAACAACACCGUCGAAGCCUCCCCCGACUACAACCGCAUCCUGCAGGCUUACCGGAUUGCCCGGAAUGACUACCGCGGCGCGGCCGAGAUCGCCUACCGCAAUGUCCAGCGUCUCCGCAAUGCCCGCGACGCACCGUCAUCCGCUCUUGCCCAGAAAGGAAAGGACCGCGAUGAAUCCCGCCCCGAAGAAGACGAUGCCGAAAGCAAAGAAAUUCGCCACGAGCUCCUGUCACUAAUCAACUUGCUCGCCUGCGUCGACAAAAGCGAGGCCUAUAUCCUAGUCGAGAAUGGACCCGCAAUGAACGCCCCGACCGAAGAAAGACGGCGCAGCACACAUACCGACGAAGACGUCUUCAUGGAAGAUGCCAGCGCGUCCACACCCCUCGCUAAGCGAUCCCCCAACACCGUCGCCUUCGCACCAACCCACAACAGAAGUAACAGCAUUGCAUCCAUCAACCGGCGCGACAGCCUAGUAUCCUUCGAGUUCCCACCCACCAACCACCUCCUUAAACGUCGCAUCAUCGUGACGCUCGAACAUCUCCGCCGCGAGUUCCAGUCCGAGCUCGACCGCGUUAGUCGCAUUGAGCGUGGUGAUUGGGAGUUCGGUCUUCUGGGCGAGGAGGAAGAGGGGGAUUUCGAUAAUGAUGACACGAUGGUUUUGUAG